AUGAUCUCUCAAAGAUUGUUUAGAUCUUCAUCAAUUUUAAUAAGAAAAUAUAAAGUUAUACCCUUAAGAUAUCAAUCAAAGAAACCUAAUUUCCCUGAUAUAAAUACUAUACAUGAUCCAAAAUUACGUGAAAUAAUUCAAGGUACCAAUUUUGGCACUGAUUCAUUAUAUAAAAAACAACAAGAAAAUGAUUUAAACAAAAAAGAGAUAGAGAUAGAGAAGGAAAAGAAGAAAUUGGAACAGGAUAGACAGAUACAGGAUACACGAAAAGAGAAGAAAACGAAAGAAGAUCCAUUGGCAAAACUAAAUGACAAAUUAGAUCAUGAUUUUUCAACAACACCGCAGGGUCAAGUUCAAGGUGUUGCUACUGAUUCUCAUGAAGAACCGAUUAAACUGGAUGAUACAGAAUAUAAGUUAAAAGUUGAAGAUAAGAUAAUUGCAACCACCAACGAAUCUAUCGAUGAAGAAGAUAUACCAAAUUUAGCUAAAGAAAUUAAUGAAACUAUACAAAAAGAAAUUGGUAGUUUACCUUCACAAAAGAUUCAAAAACAAUCACAAAUUAGCAAAAAGAUUACAAAAUAUCUUGAUUCUUUACAUGAUACCAUUUUAACUGCAACAAGAGCAUUAAAUGAUGUAACUGGUUAUUCAGCAAUUGAAAAAUUAAAAAAAUCUAUAGAAGAUCAAGAACAACAACUUAAAGAAGCUAAAGAUUAUGUGAAGAAAUGUAAAGGACUUUAUGCUGAAUCUAUACAGAAAAGAUCAAAAUCUCAACGUGAAGUAAAUGAAUUAUUAACGAGAAAACAUAAUUGGUCAUCACAAGAUUUAGAAAGAUUUACCGAAUUAUAUAGAAAUGAUCAUGAAAAUGAACAAAAUGAAGAAAAGAAUGAAAUGAAUUUACAAGAUGCUGAAAGUAAAGUAGAUUCUAUACAAUUAAAAUUAACACAAUCUAUAUUAACAAGAUAUCAUGAGGAACAAAUAUGGUCAGAUAAAAUAAGAAAAUCUUCAACUUGGGGUACAUGGGUUUUAAUGGGUCUAAAUGUUUUAUUAUUUGUUGUUGCAACUUUUAUUGUUGAACCAUGGAAAAGAAACAAAUUAGUAUUUGCAUUUGAAGAUAAAGUUAAACAAGUAUUAGUUGGUAUAUCACAAGAUGAUAAAGAAGUUUUAGAACCUAUAAUAGAGAAAUUACCAGAGAAACCUGAAAUUGUACCAUUUGAAGUCGUUUUACCUAAAUUCAAUUGGAAUUCUAUAAAACAUACAAUUGUACGUUAUUAUCACGCAUUAAUCAAUCCAAAUAUUGAUACAUUACAAUUUAAUAAGCUUCAUUUUGAAAUAUUUACAGCUAUUUUAACUGUAUUUGCAUGUAGUAUUGGUAGUAUAGUAACUCUUAUAAUACAUAAAUAA